AUGGCGCACGAUUAUCAGGUGGCCGAGAUAUCUAGCGACACUAUCGCCCAUCUACUAGAAACAUUCUUCACUGUCUCGAACCUUCAACAGCUGCCUUUGCUACCUCCGGAUGAUGGACUGGCGUGGUUGCUGGCUCGAGAUCGGCCAAUUGCAUUGAUCUUGGCAUUAUGUGUCGUUAGUCUGCCCUACUCGUCAAGUCAGAUUGCAUCCAACGGCAUCAGAACGAUCAACUGCCUAGAUCAAUUUCUGUCUCUGUGUGCCCUGGCUAGCUAUGAGGCAAGUCAUGGCCAUGGUGCACAGGCAUGGUGCGAUAUUGGCACGGGGCAGACCAUGGUAUCUCUAAUAUCUCGAUCGGACCUCUCUCCCAUUUCCCGAGCUGUAGUUGGAACAGCUGUUGACUUUCUCAAUUGGCUAAGAGCCGAAUUUGCUUUUGGACAUCCGCAACUGAUCGCAUCGAUUUCGCCUCACAUCGGCGCGCUUCCAAAUAUUGAUACAACUGACCCCUUGGACGACCAACACGCUAAUGUGAACAAAGCCACAGAAAUUCUACUCCGAUGUGUGGAAUAUAACAGUAGGGAUCUUUCCAGCGAUCCCACAUUUCCAUGGGAACGCGGCUCCAACUUCAUGUCUGUCAGACUUCACUUGGAGAAAUUUUCAAUAGCAGUCACCGAAACUUAUCACUUCGAUUUCGGGUCUGCUGGUUCUAGUAUCAGUACAACCUCAAAACUAGCAGUCGGUGUCUCGAUGCCCAAUCCGGCAGACCGAGAUGGAGCACCAGAAAUGUUCCUUGGGGGGCGCGUCAAUGCGUGUAAGGCUAGUGCUGAGAGCAUCCACGAUCUUUGCACGCAGCUCCUGUCGAAUCAAAUCUUCUGUUUGUCCCCAUUCUUGGGAUUUUGUUGCUUCCAGGCUGCUAUUGUCUUUGUACAGAGCUUAGAACAUUCCCGUACGCAAAGCGAGAGAGUCGACCAUCAGGAUAAGCUCAAAGUGGUUCUGGCUGUUCUGCUAGCUCUAAGAAAACUUCACAGACCUGCGAGGUUAUGGAUUGAUACCCUUUACAAACUUAUUCAAGUUCGAAACAAGCCAGGAAAGACACCGGAUUUAUCUCAUUUUAAAUUUCCAAGCUUCUUCUCGUGGUUUCCUGGCAUUCAGGAGCCUCCUCUGAUUCCCUUGCAAGACCCAAAAGAGGAGGAGGAUAUUGCUUCAAGGCAAGACAAGGUCAGCUCGUCAAAAGCUUCGACGAAACCCGUAGAAGAAAGUUCGACAGCCUGGAUGGACCAAUAUCGAGAUGAGUUGCGAAACCAGAUUGCAAGCAUCGACAUAGAAGACUCUCGAUCCACUAGGACAAGUUCAGUGCUUGCUUCGUCUAGUCAAGAGAUUGACGAUCGGGGAGACUCCCUUCAUUCUGAUCGAAGCAUCCCAGGGGAUUGCGAAAAUAUCAACGCAAUCUUGCCCACACCGCCAACCAAUAAUACACUUGUACCAGCAGGUCCGAUAUCAAUAACCCCUACCCAAAUGUCACAUAUCAAUCAGCCGUCUGGGCACUCUGAGACGCUCAACUUCCGUGGCGAUGAGGAUUCCACCAACUUUGCAGCCAGCAUAUUGCCGAACAUCAAUAACACAACUUGGAGUAACUUUGACUCAACACUCUUAGUUAACGACGGCAAUCAACUUCAAACUCUAGCAGAGGAGAUUGAAGUACCGGAUAUCGAGCUACCAGAGUGGGAUUUAUCAUCUUAUCUCUCUCUGGAUAAUACUAUAUUGGAUCUCUUUCAUUUAACUUAA